GGACAAAUGCGGUUCGGUCCCCAGUAGCAAGCGAGCUGAUAUUGGUUGGUGGUGGGAGUUGGUGCGUCCAAUGGAGAAACGUUUUCUCGAAGGCAAAAACAUCAAAGAUGGGAAAUGAUGACACGAAAGUUGAAUCAGAGAAGAAGGCUGCAAUGAAAUUUCUGAUAGAUUUCAAGGCGUGGGUUACGGAUGAUACUUGCGAGCAUUACAAAGACAGAAGAAUCCAUGAAGAACAAGGUCACAACAAACAGAGUUGCCUUACAAAUCGGUCGUGUGAUGGCCACGAAUUCGGGCAGGCUAAGAACAUUGAUUUACAUUUGGUUGGGGAGCGCCAGGCCCGUGCUGUAGUGCAACGCAUGGGCGACGCUCGAGAGCCCCAGAAGCGAGCUCCUGCUAUGGGCUCUCCCCCUAGAGAAAUUAAUUUAAUAUCGAGUGGCCCAUUGGGCCACGUAUCAGAUAUUAAACUGAUAAGAACAGAUACUACACUUGAUCUUAGCCAAAAGGCCGAGAAAGGUAUGAUUUUUCUUGUCACUCAUGCUGUCUUUUAUUAUCCGACUUGUCCAGGCGCACGUCUCGUGAUGGCAUUGUGGGACAAGAGUACAUUAACCUUUUUGAACCCGUAUGCACCUUGUUUAAUACUGGUUUUCUUUCAAAAUUAGAUGACCAAAAAAAUAGACCUCUCGAAUUAUUUGCUAUUGGUUUCCAAUUUCUUAAAUUGGGUAUCCAUAUUUAGGCCUUGAUUCUCAAAUUUUCGCUCAUUUUCUUCUUUAUACCUUUGAUUUCAUUCCCAAUCUUGUGGUCCACAAGCUUGACCUGGACCUGGGUCAUCUUCGUAGUGGUCUUCACAAAGGCCUCCAGUUUCACAAUCCUUCCCUCGAAUUCAAACAAUCCCAUACGUGAAACAGAAAUGGUGGGUCUCACGGCAAGUUUACGGAUAAACUAGACUAAGAUAUGAAGAGGACGAAGUUCUUGGCGAAGGCUUUGAGCACGUAUGGUGAGCCAUCGAGGGUGCUCAAGUUUGUGCGGGAGGUCCUUGUGAGCGCAGUGAAGCGGUGCAUUUGUGAAGGUGUUGGCCCUAGGUUUCUUCACCAGCUGGGUCGCCAAGUCUUUCGACGGUGUCUCGCCAUGAAUCUUUAAUAUUGUAAGAUAAGAA